CGAGUAACCUGCCUACCCGUUUCCAUCUAGAAGAGAAUCAGACAGAGACAGAAUCAGAGAGAAUGCAAGACGAAGAACAAGAAGAAGAGAUGGUGACACCAGGAGAGGUGUUAGGGAGAGCAGCUGAAGUGAAACCAGGGAAAGGUGCCUACUUGACACCCUAUCGUAACACUGAAAUCCUCUACGUCUACUCCUCCCUCACUGGUCUUCGCCGCACUCUAUCACCUCCCCCGGACUCUCCCGACCAGAGAGCAAUUGUGGAAGUAAUUGGACACAAGGCACAGGGUGCUGUUCCAGAGCCUGGUUAUGUUGUCAUUGCCCGAGUUACUAAAGUGAUGGCUAAAAUGGCUUCAGCUGACAUUAUGUGUGUUGGUCCCAAGUCUGUGCGAGAAAAGUUUACUGGCAUAAUAAGGCAACAAGAUGUAAGAGCUACUGAGAUUGACAAAGUGGAUAUGCACUUAUCAUUUCGCCCUGGUGACAUUGUCAGAGCUCUAGUGCUGUCCCUUGGAGAUGCACGGGCUUAUCACCUUUCUACUGCCAAGAAUGAGUUAGGUGUUGUAUCUGCAGAGAGCACAGCAGGUGCAACAAUGGUUCCCAUAAGCUGGACAGAGAUGCAAUGCUCAUUGACUGGCCAAAUUGAGCGUAGAAAGGUUGCUAAGGUCGGAAGUUGACCCUACUGUAAAAUCAAGCCACAGCAAGAGAUACUUCCACACAUGCAUCGUCCUGAAAUUUAUACAGGAAGUGCACUUAGAAUUUCUUGUUAGUUAGGGAGAUCAAUGAUCUACCAAGUUGUUUUGGUUAUUGCCAUAAUAAAACACUAUACUAGGGAUUAAUUCCAAAUCUCAUUUCAAUAAUUUACAGGUUGUGUUGUUAUCUCUUUCA